UUAGCUACCAAAAUUUUAUUUGCCUAAGUUUUUAUUUUUUGCAAUGUUUAUAUUAAUUAAUUGUCGUAGUCAUUAACUAAACAUGUAUUUUUAUUUAGAUUUAGUUGUAGCCAUGAACGAGCACUUCUGCAUAAUUAUGAGUACUGAAAAAUAAUUAUUAUUAUUUAAAAUUAGUUUUUAAAUUACACAAACAAAGAAAUUUUAAGGAAAAUCGAUCGAUUAAUAUUAAUCGAUUGUAGAUUACAGUGUAUUGUGAUGGGAUCACGUGUAAAGACGUUUUAAUGAAUAGUCACGCAUUUCAGAAAUUAACCAAUUGACAGCAAUGUUAUUUUUUAAUUUUAACAAAAAUUACUAUAAUAUGAUUUUUAAUAAUUAAAAACAUCAAAUAAAAUGGCGUUAAAUAAUUUGUAGAAUAAAAUAUUAUUUACAAAAUUCUAAUAUAAUUUCUUUCUGACUGGAUCGAUAAUAAUUAGCAAACAAAUGGGUUACUUUAAGUUGGGCUGUAUGUACAGUAUCAUGUACUAUCAAAUUUUUUUGACUGCCACAGCUGUUGGAUUUUCUGGUGUUAUGUUACCUCUUAUGCGGUCACCUGAAUCUAGUAUUCAAGUGAAUGACGAAGAGGCUUCGUGGAUUGCUAGUCUGCUGUAUAUGUUGACACCUGUUGGUAAUCUAGUGUUUGGAGUGAUAAUGGACAAAUAUGGUCGUAAAAUAUGUAUGGAACUAGUUUAUUUGCCUUUAAUAAUUAGUUAUAUUGGAAUGUUUAUGGCUAAAUCGAUUGUUCACAUUUAUAUAAGUCGAGCUAUUGUUGGAUUAUCUGUCGGUGGUGGUUCAGCAGCAAUGAAUGUAUACAUAUGUGAAACAAGUCCACCUACGUAUCGCGCUUUUUUCUUAUCUUUUCCUGCAGUUUUAACUUCAGUUGGUAUGUUAUUAUGUAUUGCGAUGGCAAAAAUGACGACAUGGCAAAUAUCUUCAGGUAUAUUAGCAAUUUUAAAUAUUGCUGGUCUUAUAAUAUUGAUGAUAUUUUUACCUGAAUCACCUGUUUGGUUAAACCAAAAUCGUCGACAUGAAGAAGCUACUAAUGUUUACAAAUGGUUUGGAUCUAGUCCAAUAUUUGUGGAAGUUAAAAAAUAUUCUGAAACAAAUGGAAAAUUAAGGAUAACUUUUAGAACGUUUUUAAGUCGUUCUGUAUGGAUACCCACUUUAUUGACGUUUUUAUUUUUCUUUGUACAAACAAACUCUGGAAUUUUUAUCAUAUGGAGUUAUUUAACCGACUUUACUAAAUAUCUAAAAAUACCUAUCGAUCCUUUCAAAAUGACUGUCUUAAUAGCCAUUUGCCGAAUGAUUACAUCGGUGGUGACAUCGUUUAUUCUUCGUAACAUGAAAAGAAAAAUUUUAACAUUUAUUUCAGCUACUGGAAUGUCUAUUUCAUUAGCCUUAGUUGCUAUAUACUUAAAAUUGUACGAUAUUAAUGGAGUUCUUCAGGAUGAUUCCACUAACCCUUUACCUUGGCUAACUUUUAUUUGUCUAGCCGCAUUUACGAUAUUUUCUGCCAUUGGAUUGGGAUAUUUGCCAUGGUCAUUUUGUGCUGAAGUAUUUCCACCUCAUGUUAAUGGAGUUAUGACUGGUAUAAUGUAUUCUCUAGCCUAUGUCAUGUUAUUUAGCGGUGUUAAAAUAUUUCCUGCAGCAGUUAAACAGUUCGGAUUUCUUUCUGUUUUAUGGGUUUUCUUCGGGUUUUCAGCAUUUGCUUCAUUAUUUGGUAUAUUUUUAAUGCCUGAAACUGUAAACAAAACUAAAGAAGAAAUUCUAAAUAAUUUUACCAAGUCAAAACGAACAAAAAAUGAAUAUCUACAGCAAUCUGAAAUGUGUUUAAGAAAAGAUAACCUUUAUUCAAUUAGUGAAGAAAUAAUUAUAAAAAAUUAGUUUAUAGAAGCAUAAUUCAUUAAACUGAUUAAUAAAAUUAUUUAAGCAACUUUUUAGUUUUAAAUAUGACGAUCAAAGUGUUUAGUAUAAUUCUUGACCCAAAAGACGUCACAGGAUUUCAACAUUUUUAUUUAUUUUAAAAAUGAAGUUAUAAAGGUGAAAUGAAGUUCAAAAUAUUCUCAAAAUAAUCUAGUUUUAUUUAGUUUUAUUACAACUUAUAUAAAUUCAAUAUGACCAACGUUAUAACAUGUACGGUAUUCGAAUUCCUCCCAAACGUUGCUGAUUAUAUCCUGUAUCACAGUAUUCACAGCAUCUUUAAUUCUGGUUUUGAGCUCUUUCAAGUCUGUAGGUAAUGGUUGUACAUAAACUUUAUCAUUUAAAAAGUCCCAUAAAAAGUAAUUACACACUGUGUCUAGUUCCAGGCUUGCACGUAGUGUAAACAUUUCUGGUUUACUAGUGAAACUGAGUCGAACAUGCUUGAUGUUUUCGUCAGAGAAACAAGAUCGACCUGAGCGUUUCUUUGCACAAAAAUAACCAAUUUCUUGAAACGUUUGAUGCCAACAUAGAAUGCUUUAAGAAGUUGGACUUAAGUUCCAUAAAUUCUUCUCAAAUAACGUUGAACAGUUAUUACUGAUUUGCACUGACUAAAACAGAGCACGUUAAACACUUUCUGUGGCAGAGUCGCCAUAUCAAACAAACAAACAGCAGUUCAAUAAUCAUUACAGUAUUUAUCAGCUACAUAAAAUAAACUUUACUUAUUAAUCUUUCCAUAAAUUUAUGAUUCGUUAAACUGGUAUUAACUAUUGCUGAGCUAUAUCAGUUCGUAAUAGUAUGAAGCUUUAGAAACACACUGUAUUCAUUUCUAACAAUUUAACAUUAAAAUAUUUUUUUUUAUUUUUACUUAUUAAAUCAUAUAUUUAAUGCUUAAUUAUAAAAUUAUUUUUUUUACC